UUUCACCUUUGCUUUGUAUUGCGGUCGCGUAUGAAACGUCGAUGUCCUUCCGCAAGCGCAAUGUAGGCCUUUCAGGCUCUUCGCGCUCCGAAAGUACACCGUCGUCGCUGGAAAAACACGUUCAAUUCCCUGGUACUCGGCCUUCACCGGUUGACGGACGGUUGACAACCUCGACUGGCACUGCCAGCCUUGACUCGCUGCUUGCUGGACAUUCUGCCCUGGUCCUGGGAAGCUCAGUACUCAUCGAAGAGAAUGGUACGACUGACUACGCCGGCGCACUUCUACGGUUCUUUGCCGCAGAAGGCUUACUGCAAGGUCACCAUGUACACGUCGUUGGAAUGCCCGAGCACUGGGGACGAGAACUUCCGGGAGCUGUUGCGCAGACGGCGGAUAAGAAAGAGAAGCAUGUCGAGAACACGGAAAAGAUGAAGAUCGCUUGGAGAUAUGAGAGUCUGGGACAGUUCGGAGCCAGUACAAAUGCAAGAGAGCGGUCGCAACCACUGACAGCCUCAAAAGCCCAAGGAGAUGACACAGCUCCUCCAUCAUUCUGUCACACUUUCGAUCUGACAAAGAGACUCGUUCACCCUGCUUCCUCGAAGUUGGACUUUUUGCAACUCGACUUCAAUCCAGCCCUGUCUCCUUUUGGCCCUGUGUUGAAGCAGCUCAGCAACGCCGUUUCAAGCUCUGCACCCAACACGGUCCACCGUGUCGUUAUUCCCUCACUGCUCUCCCCUGCCGUAUAUCCACAAAACUGCAGCCAGCCUGAGUAUGUCCUACAGUUUCUGCAUGGGCUUCGUGCGCUCUUUGCUGAGUAUCCAAACCGAAUGAGCGCCAUGAUGUCACUCCCUCUGUCCCUCUAUCCUCGAUCGUCGGGGGUAGUAAGAUGGAUCGAGCUGUUGAAUGAUGGCGUCUUCGAGCUUUCUCCUUUUCCUCACUCCGCUGACGCUGAUGCACCGGCUCCUCGUGGGCCGUCAGGGACGACAGAAGAGUCCCCUCAAGGAUUGUUGCAGGUUCAUCGUUUGCCAAUGCUGCACGAUCGAGGGAGUGGUACCGUCCCUGCUGAAAACGACUGGACAUUCACUUUAAGCCGAAGGAAAUUUACCAUCAAGCCAUUCAACCUACCUCCGAUCGAUAGUGGUACAGAAGCUCAGCCUGCCUCUGCAGCCGAGCAGAAGGGUAAGAAGGCAGAUGUCGAAUUCUGAACUCUCAACCGUGGGCUCAAUCUCUCUCGUCGUCAUGAACCAUAUGUCGCUCAUUGAGCAUACUUUCCAACUCGAUGUGCUCCGAAGAACUCGGCCCAGGAUUGGUCAUAGUUCGGAAAUAGUUGUGGUCAUACGAUCCAUGCCUGGGAUUGAUGCUGAAGCCUGACACUCUCGCCCUGAAAGCAUCCCCUAGACAUGAAGACAGCGCUAGGAAGACUAUACCCACAUUAGCUUUCACCCUUGAAGGAAGACGUGCAUCGAUUAUACCUAGGAAACACAGCAAGGGGACGAAAAAAAGCAAGCCUAGAAGCCAGAAGAUACCCAUGAGGAAUUGAAGCUUUCAGAAAAGACCUUGAAACUGAGGCGAUGCCAAAUGCACCACGAAUUGAAGUUGGAUACCAACGCAAAGGGAAGCAAGUGUGCAAAACAUCAGAAGCAAUGGAGAUGGAGUCAAGCACCUGAGGUCUCAAUGGUGCGCAGGACAUCUAGGGCGGAGCUGAUGAUGUGCGAAUGCACUAUGCUCGGAUCAAAGCAUUUCCGGUCCAGGAACUUUACAAGAGACUGAUGUGUCUAAUCGUACUCGGUGCCUGCCUUAGCUUAGCAUCGCAUGGGCAUGUCUAC